AGAGAUAGAGUAGUAAUAUACGUAGCUUUAAUGGUAGGACUUUUUCUUCCAUAAAAGCUUUAACCACUUCUCUCUAGUUUCUUCAACAGAGACUGCCCUUUCUUCUCCCAAUUAAUAGAGCGAGCAAAAGUCACAGUUUCUUAGAAAGAAAUUAACCAUGGCUGGUCUUGGUCUACAAAGAUCUGCAGUGUCCUUCAGAAGACAAGGCUCAUCUGGUUUUGUUUGGGACGACAAGUUCUUGUCUGAAGAAAUCAACAAAGCUGAAGCUGCUGCUGCUGCUGCUGCCGCUGGUGGCGGUGCCAAUAACAACCAGCAAGAUAAUAAAGACCUUCUUCAUCAGGAUGCUUCUUCAGCUGCUGCACCGCCACUACCACAAAUCAACACCGUCCAGAGAAGCCGUUCUAACGGCGGAGGAGCUCGCGGAUACCGCACCGGAAAAGUAUCGCCGGCAAUCGAGCCACCGUCUCCUAAGCUCUCCGCGUGUGGCUUCUGUGCUGCUUUUGGAAAAGCAGACAAGUCUCAUCGGAGAAGCCAAGUACCCGCCAAAACCAAGCAUCAUCGAUCGAGAUUUUUGGAGACCUGAAUUACAACGAUCUUCAACCCAAAUAGGCCCAAUAAAUGCAACCCAAAUUUAUUUGGUCUUUCUCUCUUAUUCAGAGAUUCAUAACCACUCAUCAAAAACGAAAAAAGUGAGGGAUUUGUAGGCAAUAUUUCAUGCAUCUUAUACAAGGCAGGAGAGAGAAAAACACAAAUAAAACAAGAAGGAAAUUUCAAGAGAACCAAAAAAAGAGUAGCAGGACUUGUAUCAGUUGUAUCAUGUAUGGACUAAAAUAAUAAGUGAAGAUUGUGAGAGUACAUAGUAAGGAACUUUCGUCUUUCACGAGUAUUGGGCACAAGCCAAAUAAUAGUACUUAGAAAGACAGCAAAUUUCGAUGAGUUGAUGACUGCUGCAGCUGCUGAAGAUGGUGAAAAUGGAGAUAUUGAUGAGCAGGGUGCAUGAAGAUCUACGCCCAUGUGGGA